GGCUACCAUUCGUUGUGCUAUUUUCUUUUAAUAUUUUAUAGUUUUAUAGUAAUUUUUCCCAUGUAUAAUUCCGUUAUUCGACUUCACAUGUUAUAUUCGAAGAGAUAAAAACAAAUCAAUACACAGAACGUUCAUUUUGUGUUUUAUAAUUCAUCAAAACAAUGUCUUCUCCUCAACAAGUAAUGCCUUUGAGACAUUUAAUUUCGCCAGCUGCCCCUUCGAAACCCAGCACAAGCACGGCCGGGCCAAGCACGUCUGAAAGCGCUGCAGGAGACACCUUGACAUCCGACAAAACUCUAAAGGAAGAAGAGGAAAUUGAAAGACAAAAAAUGCAGUAUGUUUAAAUGCUCUUGUUCAUAUUUUAAUAUUUUAUACUCUGGUAUAGCACGCUCUUGCCCAAAAUUAUUCAAAAUAUAAAUUAUGUACCAGCACCGCGUAUUUAUUGUCUUGAAUUUCUGUUGUUAUGCACUAAUGUGAAGAUGUAUGCUUGUGAUGUUGUGUCCACAUCGGGCAAGCUGAAAAGUUUGCUUGACCGCAGUAGGAAUCGAACCCGCAACCUUUGGUUUGCCAGUCCGAUGCUCUACCAACUGAGCUACGAGCUGAAGUCGGUUUGAGUGUGUGAUCACAGAAUAAGGCACACAGAAGGUCGACUCGAGUAACUGCUGCCACGCCAUGAUUCAUCAAAAUGUUGACGCCAUGGUCCUAGCCAGUGCGCGUUUGAGAGGCAUUCCCCCCUGGACGUCCGCCAUUUUGAAUAAUAUCAGGGGUGAAUGCCUCUCAAACACGCACUGGCUGCGACCAUGACAUCCACAUUUGCUGACGGGUUAGUGCCAAAAUUAUAGGAAAAUGAUAGGAAAAACAAAGAAGUCAGCCUUCUGUGUACCGUAUUCUGUGGUGUGAUACUUCGGAACUCAGUCUGCACAUCCAUUAUUAGCCGGGCAACAAGCACACUUGAGCAGGCAUUUGUCAGACCGAAGCGAAAUUGUUAUAAUCUACACUGUAUGUAAUAUUUAAUCUUCUGAGUGUAAUUACGCAUAAAAUACUUCCACUUGUUCUUUCCAGGGUAUUAGUAUCAUCGUUUACUGAAGACCAGCUCAAUCGUUAUGAAAUGUAUCGUCGAUCUGCUUUCCCCAAAGCAUCUGUUAAAAAGGUGAUAAUACGGAUCUUAAACCCUUUCAGUGGCAGUGUGCCCUGAUGCACCCUACUCUAUCUAAUACCAAACCAUUUUACUUCUCAAGGAGAAAUUCAACAUUUCGACCGUUUCAAGGCUAAUAACUUCCUGACGAAGAGGAAGGGCCUUCGUUCGAAACAUCAAAUUUCUCCAUUUAUUUUUCUGGUAUAGUUCCAUCCCUUAAACCAACAAAAGCUUUGUUAAAGGUGAUCUACAGUCCGUAUGUAAACAAAGCCUUUGUUUACAUUUUUGUGUCCAAAAUAUUGAGCUUUUUCGACAACUAUUUAUAUUUUCAAGCUUCUAGAGUAUAAUAAAUGAUCAAGAAACAACAAUUAGGCUUUUCAAGAACUCAAAACAUAAUUAAACUGUUUGUAUCAUAAAAAGUGGGCUCAUUUGUGCACAUGCGCAGAUCGGACUGUAGAUCACCUUUAAUCAGCCCAUGUGUGUCUAAUUAAACAGCAAAAGCUGAAUGAUGAUAAUAUUUACUUAUUUUCAGCUGAUGCAGAGCAUUACAGGAGGCACGUCAGUUCCUCCAAAUGUUGUCAUUGCAAUGGCAGGCAUUGCUAAAGUGUACGUAGGAGAAAUUGUUGAAGAAGGUAUAUAACUGUCAGUGAUGAUUGGAAAUUUUCGAGAAUUAUAUCUGGAAACACAAUACAACUACUCACGUAAAAACGCACAAGUUGCAGUAACAAACCUGCAGCAGACUUGUAGCAAUGCUGUUCCAACAACGUGUCAACGUGAUGUGUUCGCACUGCUUGUUACCAGCUUGUUGACAAGUUGUCAACGGAUUGUUGGUAACUUGCUACAAGGUUGUUGAGCUCAACAGACUUGUUACAAGUUGUUCCAACAACUUGUUAUCAUCCUGCAAUUUAACAAUUUGUCAACAAGUUGUGAGUGACAACCUCGUAGCAACUUGAUAAAAUAACAGCAUUGCCAUUGUUACAACUUGUUGACAAGCUUGCUACAAGCCUGUUGCCACGAACACAUCUUGUUGACAAGUUGUGAGAUUUUUCCAUGUAUAGCGUGCUAAGUGCCAUUUUCUACAUAGAAUGUCUUAUACAAUUUCUGUAUAUAUAUCAUGUUAUUUUAGCAUGUGAUGUUGCAGAGCAGUGCAAUGAUCCAGUGCCAAUUCAACCCAAACACAUCAGAGAAGCAUACAGAAGAUUGAAGCAAAAAAGAAUGGUCCCAAAUACAAAACAAAAAAGAAAAUUAUUUAGAAAAUAAAAAGCAUGUGUCUGACGAUGUAAAUAUUCGUACCUUGUAGAAAGAUGGGUUGUACUUUAAAUAAGGUUUUAGAUAAACUUGUUACUGUACAUGCAGAAUAUAUCAGGGUAAUCAGGCAAUAUCAGACUUGUUGGAACAGUCUUGUUACUCUAAGAUGUAAGAUUUUUGUGUGUGUACAACUAACACACGUAAAAAUCUCACAUCUUGUAGCAAGUCUGCUGUCUGCCAACAAGUUGUCUUUGCACUGCUUGUCCCAAGUUGUCAACAAGUUUGGAACAAGCUGUUAACUACUUGUAACAACCUUGUUGAUAUUAUCAGACUUGUUUCAAGGUUGUCCCAACAAGUCCGAUACAGUCAUGAUAUAGCAAUAUUGUUACAACCUUGUGUCGUCAAACUUGUAACAUUCUUGUUAUAUCAUGACUGUGUCAGACUUGUUAGAACAACCUUGUAACAAGUCUGAUAAUGCCAUCAAGCUUGUUACAAGUUGUUAAUAGCUUGUUCCAAACUUGUUACAACAACUGGGAACAAGCAGUGCAAACACAACUUGUCGACAGCUUGUGAACAGAUUUGUAACAACUUGCGCGAUUUACAUGUGUAAUAUUGUAAAGGGUUUUGUCAAUGAUUGCAGUAUAUACUACACACGUAAAAACGCACAAGUUGUAACAAACCUGCAGCAGACUUGUAGCAAUGUUGUUCCAACAACUUGUCAACUGGAUGUGUUCGCACUGCUUGUUCCCAGCUUGUUGACAACUUGCUACAAGGUCGUUGAGCUCAACAGACUUGUUACAAGUUGUUCCAACAACUUGUUAUCAUCCUGCAAUUCAACAAUUUGUCAACAAGUUGUGAGUGACAAGCUUGUAGCAACUUGAUGAAAUAACAGCAUUGUUCAAACUUGUUGACUGCAAGUUUGCUAUAAGCCUUUUGCAAACACAUCUUGUUGACAUGUGUGAUUUUUGCAUGUGUACCUCUUGAUAUUUUCAUAGUAAAAAUUAGCAAAGUUGGCGUAUACUGUACAUGCAGACGAGGAAAUAAAAAUGCCUGGCUUCUCCUUGGGCAAUUAUUGCCAAUCUUUUAAUGAUGUCAAUGAAUGUACGUUUACAACCAGUCUGCUGCUAGAAGAGUCCUUGUGUCCAAUAUACUGCCCACAAAAAUGCUUUGUCAAUUUACGGUCUAAUUUUAGAAUCAUAUUCGCGUUUCUAUAAUAAUGUUAUUGUAUUUAGAAUAUAUUAAUUGCAAUUUUUCUGUCAUGCCAAUUUCAAUAAAUCGUGCUUUCAUUUCUUAAUUUAUAUGUUCCAAACUCAUUCAAUCAUCUCUGAAAAUAAAUUAACUAGGUCACUUAUUAAAAAUGAAUUAACUACAUUCUCCGAUCCGAGUUCGCGUUGUCGAUUUU